AUGUUCAAUUAUUUUAUUCGCUGUGGCUACCUGUCUGGCAGCCGGACAGGUUUCUUAAAAGACUCUGUGUCUGGAGAGUUUGGAGUAAAACAACGUAAAGUGAGCGAUGUGACAGGCGACCCCAAGAGGAAUCGAACCCGGGUCGGCGGCCUGGUGAGCGAUACUGAUGACCACUGCGCCACCGCAGCCAACCGUGACCUGAGAACCACAAUUUCCUGGACAAAGGAUGGUAUGUCUUCACUUCCCGUAGAGUCUAGAGUUCUACAGAAUGAAACACUGCUGAUUACAAAAAUCAAGAAAUCACACGAAGGAUCUUACACCUGUAGAGCGACUAAUGCUCUGAGAGCAAUAGAAGCUAAAGUCAAAAUCAAUUCACCAGUGACUGCGACUUCCUGUUCUGUGAUAAAAAGAUACGUCAGCAGUGUAAGCGCACAUUUCGUCAUUGAUCCUGAUGGUGAGGGUAGUCUGGCACCAUUUACAGUUUACUGUGACAUGAGUGACAAGAAUGGAGCUGGCGUGACAGUCAUCAGUCACGACAGUGAGAGCAGAACACACGUGCACGGAUGUGAAUCUCCUGGUUGUUAUUCACGUGACAUUCAUUACAGAGGAGUGAGCCUGUCUCAGCUGGCGAGUCUCACCAGAGUCUCCUCACAGUGCGAACAGUUUAUCAAGUACGAGUGUUAUAAUUCAAUGAUAUUCAGGAACGGAUAUGCUUGGUGGGUGUCACGUGACUCCACUAAAAUGACACACUGGAGUGGAGCAUCAACUGGCAGUGGUAAGUGCGCAUGCGGGAUGACCAACUCAUGUGUAGACUCGAGAUAUGGAUGUAACUGUGACAAAAAUGACAAUGUAUGGCGUGAAGACAGGGGUCUCCUCACUGACAAGACACAUCUACCAGUUAAACAGCUCAGGUUUGGAGAAACAGGCGGUAACAGAGAGCAAGGUUACCAUACAUUGGGAAAACUUAAGUGCUAUGGCAUAGCAUAAUAUUCACAUAUCGUUUUAGCACUCUUACAAUGUAAAACAAUAAUACCGUUAACACCACCUUUAGUAUUUUCGAAAUGUAAGAGUAGCUUUGUAAUAAUCUGAUAGAAUCAUGAUAGCGAUACGGAAGCUCGCAAAAGCCAGUUCGUACUGGCAGGAGAGCAAGCGAGGAUAAUAAAUCCCUGUGUUGUUUAUUUGAAGGCUCUUCUCUUUGCAGCCAGGCUCCAAAAGCGUAAGAAAUCAAUACCAUUUAGCUUUGCUAAGAAAUAAAAAGAAGAAAUAAAAAACCCAGUUGCUUUGCU